UCCAUGUAUAUACAUAGCAGGAUCCAUGUAAUAAUGAUGGGACUACCUUAGGUACCUACAUAGGUAAUGAUGGAUGUGGGACUGGAAAGAGCCAUGAGCUUGCUCAAGGAUCCCCUAACUUAAAUUUACCUAACCUGCCUCUUAGAAGCAGCUAAGCAACACUUAACCUAGUAAAGUAGUAUCCCGCAAACUGCCUAAGCCACCUCAACCUUUCGCCCUUCUUUGCCCUUUUUGCCCAUGCGAAGGAUUAUCUCUUACCAUAGCAGCUUAGGUACCGCGUAUAUUGCACCAACGAAGUCUCAUGCAUUCGAAUAGCGGAAAAUAAUUAUUAACUGCCUGAACUGUCGCCAUCUUUUCUCUCGCCCCUCCCUUUUUCUUCAUACCCUAGUCUAUCGUUUUUAAUUUCUUUUCCAUAAUAUGACCCUUUCGUCAACAUCAUUGUCGCCGCGGUCGUUGUUGUGGACUUGACAUCGAUAGAAACGUCUAUAUGCGUCGGCGUUAAGUAUCCUACCGCAUCUACAUAACGGUGUAGACUUAUAGGAACAUUUUAUCUUGGCAAUACGAACAUCUUGGUAUUCUCGAGCGCGUUUCGCACGGGUCGCAAAAUCAAAAUGAAGCAACGAGAAGAGGAUGUCGAGUCGCACGCUCAGCUGCUUUCCAAGGAGACUCAGUCGCCAUCGAGCGAAGAAUUCGAUUACGACGAACCCGGAAACAUCCACCAAAAUCAGUCAUCUCGCCGCAGACGUCGGAUAGAACAGAAUCCUUUAUGGCGCCGUAUCCAGUCGUUCACGUUACCUCUCUGGGCGCCUUGUCGCAAAUUCAGCCCUAAAUACUACAUCUUCGCCAUUGUCAUCUCUUUGCUCAUCACGCUGUUCAUCUUCAACCCCUAUUCCCCUACAAUACCUACCCAACACCAGACAGACGUAGACGUGUCUCCCGGAACGCCAACGAGUAGUGCCGUAUCUAGCGCCGUAUCCAGCGUCGUACCUAGUGUCGUGUCCUCCGUCGUAUCCUCCACGAAAGUCGCAAAGCCAGUCGCAAAGCCCACCGAGAGUCCGAUAUCUGCAUACAAACCACCAAAGCUCGAGGCCAACGACAAGUAUUGCACCACGUGGCCCGUAGGCGAAGAUGGCCAGUACGAACCCAAGGGAGCCAGCCGAACCGACAAGAUUAAGAUAGAUAGCAUUGCUCCUAAAGGCGGGUGGAAAAAACCCGCUGGCAUCAAGAUCAUCGGUAUGGUCUUUUAUGGCCGUAAGAGAUAUGUGGACGUCUUGGAUUGUUACCUCCAGCAGAAUCUGGCAUCGAACGGUGGCUACUUUGACGAGGUGUGGUUUAUGGCCCACACCAAGGAAAAAGACGACGUUACCUGGAUAGAAGAUCUCGUCAAGAAGACUCCCGGUUAUAAGAUUGUGGGCAAGGGGAAAUGUGAAGGCGAAAAGUAUAAGUGCAUGUGGACUUAUGCCGUCGAGGAUAAAACUAUAUAUGUCAAAAUAGAUGACGACAUUGUUUAUAUCCAUCCCGACGCCAUCCCUCAACUCGUCCAUACCCGCAUUGCCCUACGUCACCCGUAUGCCAUCUCGUCAAAUCUGGUUAACAGUCCCGUCACGGGAAUGGAACAAUACCACUACGGUGCGAUCCAUCCCUUCCUCCCGGAUCCGAGCAGCAAGCCUUCGUUCCACGCUGCGGAGACGUGGCGCACUUCCGAGAAGAAGAAAUACCCUAAGGACCAGCUGGUGGGAGAAUACAAUGUCAUGGACAUGGAACCGUCGUAUCGCGGCCACCCUUGGCUCCUUAUAUCCGACGAUCACUAUGACCUACUGAAGACACCUAUGGGCAAAUACGACCAGCACCGCGGUUCCGACCCAAUCGCAUUCGGUUUGGCCUGGAAGUCGUGGGGUAUCGGCGCGCAGCAGCAAUAUUCUCUCUUAUACAAUCUUGAGCAGAAUAAGAUGCAACGCUAUUUCUUCGGCCGAAAUAUUCGAUACCCAGAAAAUGCUUUGGGACCCAAUGCUUCCGCGGUGGUCUUCCCUAACGAGGAUGGCCCCGGCGGCGAGCAGACAUAUGAUACCGGGUACAACCGAUACAACUUGAACUUCUGCGCCGUAUGGGGUUCCGAUAUCAGAGAUCAAUUACCCAUUGCCGACGAUGACGAGCAAGAUAUCACCGCAGAUAUCCCUAGGCGCAUUGGACGGCCAUUCGUCAUCGACACCCGCUCCGUAGUAGGCCACUUCAGCUUCUUUACCCAAAAAGAUGGCAUCAAUAAGAGUGACCUUCUGGAUCGAUGGCGGGCAUUCGCGAACGAAGCGGUCUGUACGGCAAAAAACCAGAAGAAGCCAUGGGAUCUGAUGUGCCCGAACUUCAAAGCCGAGGGCGGUAUGGGACGGUAGUAGAAGGUUCGACGAG